CUGGUUGGCGGCCCGGCAAAGUCCUUAUCAAAUUCUUGGAGGUGAUCCUGGCGCAGUCAGACAGUCCGCGGAGAUCGCGCAGCGCGGGGGGGUGGGACGCGCACGGAGCCGAAGAGAUCUGAAGGAAAGGGAGAGAGAGGGGGAGAGAGAAGGAAACUGGGCAGCUUCUCGUCUUCCCCUCUGAGUCCUCAUGCCUCAGCAGUGCCCCGGCGCCUUCCCUUCGCCCCGGGCGCAGUAGCCAUGGCCGCGGUGGCUGUCCUCCGGAACGAUUCCCUCCAGGCUUUCCUCCAGGACCGCACCCCCAGCGCCUCCCCAGACUUGGCCAAGCACUCGCCCCUGGCUCUCCUGGCCGCUACUUGUAGCCGGAUCGGGCAGCCGGGCGCAGCGCCCUCGGAUUUCCUGCCAGUCUCCUACGACCCGACGCUGGGAUCCCCCUCUAGGAUCUUCCAUCCGUGGAGCGGCGAGAUGCCAGCGCACUCCCCGGGAGGGCUGCCGCCGCCGCAUCCCAGCUUGGGGUUGACCCCUCAGAAGAACCACCUGCAACCCUCCUUCGGGGGUUCUCACGAACUGCCCCUCACCCCCCCGGCGGACCCCUCCUAUCCCUACGAGUUCUCACCCGUCAAGAUGUUGCCCUCCUCCAUGGCCGCCCUGCCGUCCAGCUGCCCGCCCGCCUACGUCCCCUACGCCGCCCAGGCCGCCCUGCCGCCCGGGUACUCCAACCUGCUUCCGCCCGCCCAGCCCUGCCGGCAGCUGUCGCCCAACCCGCCGCCCGAGGACAUCCCCUGGUGGAGCAUCCAGCAGGCCAGCGCUCCGGGCGGCUGCGGCCACCGCUUCCCCGCGGCGGCGGCGCUGCCGCGGAGCCUGGUGCUGGGGCACUCGGACUUCGCUCAGUACCAGACGCAGAUCGCCGCCCUGCUGCAGACCAAGUCUCCCCUGGCGGCCACGGCCAGGAGGUGCCGCCGCUGCCGCUGCCCCAACUGUCAGUCGGCCGCGGGCAGCGCCCCUGAGGCAGAGCCGGGCAAGAAGAAGCAGCACAUCUGCCACAUCCCCGGCUGCGGCAAGGUGUACGGCAAGACCUCGCACCUGAAGGCGCACCUGCGCUGGCACACGGGCGAGCGGCCCUUCGUCUGCAACUGGCUCUUCUGCGGGAAGAGCUUCACCCGCUCCGACGAGCUGCAGCGGCACCUGCGGACUCACACGGGCGAGAAGCGCUUCGUCUGCCCCGAGUGCGGAAAGCGCUUCAUGCGCAGCGACCACCUGGCCAAGCACGUCAAGACCCACCAGAACAAGAAGCUGAAGGCGGUGGCGGACGGCGUCAAGCGGGAGGACAGCCGCGACCUGUGACCGCCGGGACGGCCGGCGUGCUGCCUCUGCGGGCCGCGGCGGGACCUGGGCUGGGGGCGUUUGGCCGCCGGGGCAGGGCGGCGGCGG